AUGACGGCAUCAGAAAACACCAAUGGCACGCACACCCGCCCUGUCCUGACGAAAGGGGUCUACGUCCCCACCGUGGCCUUCUUCCAACCGGACGAGGAGGUCGAUGUUGCCACGACGGAGAAACACGCCGCCUACUUGGCCCGCAGCGGUGUUUCCGGUCUCGUGACGCAGGGCAGCAAUGGUGAAGCCGUUCACUUGGAUCGCCAAGAACGCAAGGCCAUCACCUCCGCCACGCGCCGGGGAGUAGCAGCGGCGGGCCAUCCCCAUCUCCCCAUCAUUGCAGGCUGCGGAGCUGCGUCGACGCGUGAAACCAUUCAGCACUGUCGAGAUGCGGCGGAGGCGGGCGCCGAUGCAGUCCUGGCGCUGGUCACCCGCGAGGCUUUGCAUGCCCACUUUGUGGCCGUGGCGGGCGCAUCUCCACUGCCGGUGCUGCUGUAUAACUUCCCGGGUGCUUCCGCCGGGGUGGACCUGUCCUCCGAUGACAUUCUCACUCUAGCCGCUCAUCCCAACAUCGUUGGCUGCAAGUUGACCUGCGGUAAUACGGGGAAACUCGCGCGUGUCGCCGCCGGUGCGAAGCCGGGUUUCUUGACCUUUGGUGGCUCGGCCGACUUUACCUUGCCGACUCUGAUCGCGGGCGGACAUGGAGUCAUUGCCGGGACGGCCAAUCUGAUCCCCCGCUCCUGCCUCUAUCUGAUGGAUCUGUACGAGCAGCGACAACUGGAGGAGGCACAGCGCAUCCAGGCCAUCGUGGCUCGUGCGGACUGGGUGGCGGUCGAGGGCGGAUUUAUUGCCGUCAAGAGUGGGCUUCAGACCUAUCACGGAUAUGGAGGUCUGCCCCGGCGGCCGUGCGUGAUGCCGGAGCCGACAGUCGCGGCGACCAUCCACGAGAGAUUUAGCGAGGGGCUGGAGUUGGAGAGGUCUUUGGAAAAGAAGUCGGCAUAG